AAUAUAUAAUUAUCAUGAUAUUUAAGACACUGAAUUAAUAAAUAGAUAUUAACAAUAUCUACCAGAUAAUAUCAUAAUUAUGUUUAUUUUAUAUUUAGUUUAUGAUUUUUAAUGACUAACAUUAUAGUCAGUUUCUUUGAAUUUUACUGAAAGUAUUGAUCCAAAUAGAUGUUAUUAUAAAAUUAUAUAUAAGUAUACUUAUAAGUAUAGUAAUAUAUUUUAAUAAAUCGGUUUUUUCAGUUUAUUUGGUUGGAUCAGUUAAUAUAUUAAACCAUAUAUAUAUGCUGCGAUUUCUUAAAAGUAACAUCUAUUCGAUAUAUUCGUACUACCAAAUCCAAAUUUUUUUUUUUAUUUUGGUUCGGUUUUAGAUGGUUCGGUUUAACCAAUUUGAACAUCCCUAGGCUAUUGUUAUUUUGUAAUGUUUUGCGGGUUGCGAUUGUUUAUAAUCCUUUUAGUGCUAAUGAAUUUCUUUUGGGUCCAAAUAUAAUAAGUUUUUAAUCUAUAGAAAAUAUUUUGAUGCAAAAUUUAAUUUCCAUAAAUAAAACUAUGGAAAAAGCAUAGUUUAAUACAUUGAUUAUCAAUAUGAGUAUUGAAGUUUAUAAUGUCAAUUUAAACUUUUUAUCUAACUUAAUAAUUAGAAUUAAAAAUAAAAAUUGUUAGGUACAUAUGUAUAUCUAACUACAGUAUAUGCAUUAUGCAUGUGUCUUGUAAUUAGUUGUUAGUUUUUUUGGGUCUUCUUUGGUGUGCACAACUUUUUCUUCUUUUCUUUUUGAAAAUUCCUGUAAUUAGUAUAGGAAAUUUAACUAUCCGACACAAAGUGGAUUUUUUGACGUGAUGAAUAUUAUAUUGGAUUUUUCUCUGUGGAUAUUAUUUUUGUGUGGAAUAAAAACAGUCUAUUAUUUUGUGCUAUAAAGAGAUGGCCAUGGAAGCAUGUUUACUCAUCACCAAUUUCCCUUUCUUUUUUGCUCUUUCAUUUUAAAGUUAAAUUAGCGUAAGAAAGAAUGAAAGGAUUUUGGAACUUAACGAGUACCAUUUCUCUUACUCUUUGUACAGUUUUCUUAUUCGUCUACAAUUAUGAGGACGUGUAUGCAGUUCCUACUACGCACUUGUGUCGUCCGGAACAAAGAGAUGCACUUCUCCAAUUCAAGAACGAGUUUGAGGUUCGAAACUCUUCCUUUCCUUACAAUAGUUCUUUCAGUUAUAAAGUAAAGUCGGAGUCAUGGGCGAAUAACACCGAGUGCUGUAACUGGAAGGGUAUCACUUGCGACCCCAAGUCCGGUGAAGUGAUAGAGCUAGACCUUAGUUCUAGGAACCUAGGUGGCCAGUUACAUUCCGUUAGCAGUCUUCAAACCCUUAAUUAUCUAACCACUCUAGACCUUUCAGGUAAUGAUUUCAGUGGUCACAUUCCUUCUUCCAUAGGAGACCUUUCUAAUCUCACCUUUCUUGAUCUUUCUGAUAAUCGUUUUUCGGGUCAGAUUCCAUCUGUGAUUGGAAACCUUUCUCAUCUCACCCAUCUUGAUCUUUCUGUUAAUCAUCUUUCGGGUCAGAUUCCAUCUGUGAUUGGAAGUCUUUCUCAUCUCACCCAUCUUGUCUUUCAAUCUAAUCAAAUUUCAGGUCAAAUUCCCAUUGCACUACUGAAUUUGACAGAGUUGUCAACUUUACUACUAGGCAACAAUCAGUUCACAGGCAGAAUUCCUCAUAACAUCACUUCAUUAUCCAAGUUGAGCUCUUUUGAUGGAAGUACUAACUCUUUCACUGGAGCCCUGCCUUCUUCUCUCUUCACCCUUCCUUCUAUGGAUACUGUUCAUUUGUCUGAUAAUCAACUCAACGGUAUUCUUGACCUUGGGAAUAUAUCUUCACCACCUAACCUACGAGUGUUAUACCUUGGCAACAACAACUUGACAGGGCCAAUUUCGAGCACGAUAUCCAAACUUAUCAACCUUGGCGUACUUGACCUUUCCCACUACAAGAUCCAAGGUCCAAUUGACUUACGUAUCUUCUCGCAUCUCAAGAAGCUCCGACAUCUUGACAUAUCUUAUAUGAGCACGACCACUAAGAUUGACUUGAAUGAUAUCUUGUCCUUGUCCUGUUUUAAGAGGCUCGAUGGGUUGGUCCUCUCAGGAAACCAUGUUUCAGUGACAAACAAGAGUCCAGUUUCAGAUCCCGCUUCGCAAUUGCUGACUGAUUUGUACUUGUCAGGUUGCGGUAUCACAGAAUUUCCCGAGUUUAUAAGACCACAAAAUUUGCAGCGCCUAGACCUUUCCAACAAUAAAAUCAAAGGGAAAGUUCCUGGUUCGUUAUGGACACUAACAUAUCUGUAUUACCUGAAUCUUUCCAACAACAGUUUCACCGGAUUCGAAAACGCAACAACACAUGGGCUAAAAUUUCGGAUACCUAUGUUCUUGUUUGCCUCCGACAACAACUUCACAGGAAAUAUCCCCUCUUUCAUAUGCGAUUUAUAUGUAUCCAUGCUCGACUUAUCGAACAACAACUUCAGUGGUUUAAUCCCUCGUUGUAUAAAUUUCAAGGAUUUUCUUUUUCAUCUAAACCUUCGUCAAAAUCGUCUGCAUGGAGGUCGUCCGGAGAAUAUAUUUGAAAACUUAAGAACGCUUGACGUCGGUCAUAACCAACUGACGGGAAAACUUCCAAGAUCUUUGAUCCAUUUCUCUAGUAUUGAAGUUUUGAACGUGGAAAGCAACACUAUCAAUGAUACGUUUCCGUUCUGGUUGAGUUCUCUACCACAGCUAAAAGAUCUUGUGUUACGCUCUAAUGCCUUCCAUGGACCGAUGCAUACAACUUCGUUCCCUAAGUUGCAAAUCAUAGACAUAUCGCACAAUCACUUCAAUGGAGCUUUGCCAUCAAACUACUUUGUGAAGUGGAGUGCUAUGUCAUCACUUGGGUCAAUUUAUUAUCAGCCGGAUGAAAAGUACAUGGGAAAUUCCUAUUAUCAUGAUUCAGUGGUGUUGAUGAAUAAAGGUUUAGAGAUGGAGCUACUACGUAUCCUAAAAAUCUUCAGAGCACUUGACUUUUCAGGAAACAAAUUUGAAGGAGAGAUCCCAAGCUCCAUUGGUCUAUUGAAAGAGCUCCAUGUGCUCAACUUGUCCAACAAUGCUUUCACCGGCCUCAUUCCUUCAUCUAUGGGAAACCUGACGGCUCUUGAGUCACUGGACCUUUCCCAAAACCAGCUUUCAGGAGAAAUUCCUCAAGAGCUAGAGGAACUCUCAUUCCUUUCCUACAUGAACUUCUCUCACAACCAGCUUGUCGGUCUAGUACCAGGCGGCACUCAGUUUCGAAGGCAGAACUGCACUUCCUUUGACGGUAAUCCGGGACUUUCUGGCCCUUCUCUUGACGAAAUUUGCAGAAAUAUUCACAUGUCAACACCGCAUGAAACGUUGGAGUCAGAGGAAGAAGAAGAGGUGCUGAGUUGGAUAGCAGUUGUAAUAGGCGUCAUACCUGGUUUUGCCUUUGGAUGGGUGAUUGGUUACAUACUUUUUUCCUACAAACCAGAGUGGUUCAUGAACCCUUUUGUCCGAAGCAAACCCAGACGCAGCAGCAACACAACUCAUUAAAGAGGUCUUUUAUAACCUACCUGAAGAAUCUGAAAGAAGAAAAUUCAAAGCAACCACUAUGUUUAUCUGUAUCAAUUAAGAUUUGGGGUAUCAUCUCCAGUUUAGCUUGGUGUUUUUCUCAUUACUCUGUUUUUACUUUUUUAUAAGCAAACUUCUUUGUUUCUCUGUUAUUGUUUUCGGUUUAAGUUGGUGUGUAUUUUCUCUACUUCUCUGUUUCUCUGUAAUUGAACAACUAUGUUUAUUAAGCUGAAAAUUACAAGCACAGUCAAAGAUGUGUAUUUUCAGCUCUUAUGUAUCUAAACAUUGUUGCA